AUGCCCAGUGGAGAUCGGUCCCGUCAUACCUCCAGAACACGACAUAGCACCAUUUUCAAUUCACAAUGGCACAAGCAACAUCCCAAUUCGAGCUCUCCAGCCCUCCAGAGGACGCAAUCUCGGCCCUCACCUUUUCGCCCACAAGUCCUACGCGUCUCCUCGCCUCCUCUUGGGACAACGCCCGUGCUGGACUGCUGUUUCGGCGAGAACGACGGGGUUCUCUUUAGCGGGGGGUUAGAUUGGCUUGUUAAACAAUGGGACCCCGAGACCGGCGCAGAAACCACCCUUGGGUCGCACGAAGACGGCGUAAAAUCUGUCUGCUACAAUCAAGAAAUCAAAUCCCUCAUAUCUGGCUCUUGGGACCAUACAAUCCGGUUAUUUGACCCUCGUGCUUCCACGGAAACUUCAAAGCAUCACCAACCCCAUAAGAUCUUCAGCACAUCGACCAUCAACCAUACCCUCGUCGUGGCCAUGGCCUCCCGUAGCGUCUAUCUUUACGAUGUUCGUAACAUGUCAGAACCCUGGCAGCGCCGCGAGUCUUCCCUCAAGUUCCAAACCCGUACUGUCAGAUGCAUGCCCAACGGGCAAGGAUAUGCAAGCAGCAGUAUCGAGGGCCGUAUAGCUGUCGAAUUCUUCGACGCCAGCGAGGAGAGUCAAAAGAGGAAAUACGCGUUCAAAUGUCACCGCGCUGUGGAAGGCGGCGUCGACGUCGUAUAUCCAGUUAACGCGUUGGCAUUUCACCCGAACUAUGGUACAUUUGCUUCUGGUGGCGGAGACGGUAUCGUGUCCCUGUGGGACGGAAUGGCGAAGCGCCGGUUGAGGCAAUACCAAAAAUACCCGGCAUCCAUCGCCGGAUUGUCAUUCAGUCCAAACGGCAAGUAUCUUGCCAUUGGCAGCUCGAGUGGCUUCGAGGACGGAAACGACGGUGGAGAAUUCCCGCCCGAGAGCCAGAUUAUAGCACCAUUUGCAGGACAUGACAGUAUACCAUUACUGCGCUGCAGAACUACUGGCUCAGUUCUUCCCCAGCAUCGUGUGCAAGCCUUCAGAAAUGGGACUACCCUCAUUGUUGGUUGGGUCUGUAGUGGUUAUAUAAUUAUAAGUGCCAGGAUGUUUUUCGGCUUCGAGACGAUCCCUGGCGGCUGGAGCGUCGAGGACUACGUGAAGUUCCAAGUCGAGCAUUCAGAGAAGACCCCCCGACAGAUCUCCGACGGGUGGCAUAGGUCACUUAGAGCUAUAGCAAACUGUGAAGAUGGCUGCUGCACUCAAGACGAGAUCGAUCAAGCCAACGUUCAUCAUGGGCGGUGGAAGAAUAAGAAAACAGCGGACCGAAAGUAUCUCUCCCAGUGGCUAGAAAAAGAAGAAGCCAAGAAGAAGAAGGCAAAGAAUAUUAAUUCUUUCCAUAUCGGCUCCGUGGGGACGCUGUUUGCUGGCCCUGUCAAUAGUGUCUACAAUACUGGUGAAGGUGCUUCUUCUUCUGCUCCUGUCGCUGCUACUAUGAGUAGCGGCGAUAUACCUGAAGGGCUACAAGCUGUGGCCCCAGCGGCGGGCGAAGAAGAACUCGGUGCGGCCAUAGUAGUCCUCAAGGGCGACAUUGAUUUCCAGCUUCUCCUGGACAACUUCAAGAGCACUUAUAAGAAGAUGAAAACCAAAACCCUCAUUAGCCCAGGGAAGUACCUCGAGACGGAGGUCUACAAUACCGUUAUGGGGAAAGUCGUCGACGGCUUCAGGGAAAUGAGUCAGCUGUUCCUGUGGUGGAUUAAAGAUAUGAUAAUGCCAAUGCCGGCGGUUGAUCCGGCAGUGAUCUAUGCAAUCUCUAGAUUUAGUAGUUCUUCUACGGACGAGGAGUAUCGCGAGUGUACGAAACACCUAGAUUAUAAAUACUUUGAUUCGGUCUGGGUCCAGAAUGCUAUGCGUCACCUGAUCACCUUAAUCUGCGAAACCAACGACUUGCUCUUGUCUGAUGAGCUACUGGAAGGAUCUCUGGAGUGUAUACUCUGGUCCAACCUUGUUGAUCUCCUCCUUGUGGACGUUCUCGUAGCCCGACGCCGUGAUUCGUCAUUAAUGGCGUUUAAAUCCCACCCCGACAUACUCCAAGGCACUGACCCGCAUUUCGACGCCGUCAUUUGCAACCACAUGCGCUCCCGUGCCACCACCUCUUCCCGGCUCCGAGCCCCAGAUGAGUGGGGCCUCAUUGAGGUGGCGCGCAAGAAUGAUGGCCCAGAUUCUCUGAAGUGGAAGAAGGACAAUUUGAAGAUGCUGAGAGGGCUCUGUGCGUUGAUGCGUUAUGUUAGGGAGUAUGUUGACUAUGACAAGGAGACGUUGAAAAAGUUACAAUUCCCAGGAUUGAUACAGGCUGGUCUGGAAACGAUGACUGUCCGCAUCACCUGCGUGGGCCACGUGUUCAUCAAACAGGAGGGCGCCCUGAGGAAAGUCCCUACCAGCGUCAAAACCCUCCCCCAAGCCUUUCAGCUUCUAGAGUCCCUAUGGCUAUUCAAGAAAAUGAUGCUCGACUGCCGGGAAGCUGUACAAAGCUACACGGAGCGGAAGGAGAAGGGGGUUGAGCCCAUGGCUCCUACGAGUCCGAGUACAUAUUAUAGUGAGAGGCUGGAUAAACCGGGGUCUCUUUAA